AAUCAUCCAAUCAAACGACGCGUAACUAGCACAGUUUAUUUAGAAGAAAGUUACCACAAGGACUCGGUGUCCGCAAUAUUUCGACAUUUCGAUCAAGUUAAAAACACAGAAAAUUACCGGUUUUUCCCUGUUGCAUGACCUUGACAGUAUACAGCAGAGUAUCGAAAAAUAUUGAAUAAAACCACCGGUCUGGAAAAGUUUAUAUUCCUACUUAUCCCUGGGAAACAACACGGCUACUGUCCUGGGGUGUGAGUUUGACCGAGCGUGUUGUGCCUGCGGCGAUUUGUCAAAAAAUCGCCACGCUGGCUUUUGAGCAUAUGUGUAGAUUUUGUCACACGAAAAGACACUUGCAUUUCAAAAAGACGUGAAAAUGUAUCGUGUAAAAACAUUUAUCUCGGGUCUUUCCAAACCACAGACCCUAGGAAUUCUACUUCAAAGGACUUGUGCCAGUGUGCAAACCCUCUCGGACAGGGCUCAAACAACCCACUCCUUUCUCAAUGGCAGCUCUUCAGUGUACACAGAACACAUGUACGAAGCAUGGCUGCAAGAUCCUUCCAGUGUGCACAAGUCCUGGGAUGCGUAUUUUAGAUACGGGGAAUUUGCCAGUCCUGCUCAAUUGGCGCCACAUGCUCAACCUUCGUCCUCUGUAAAUACAUACAAACAGAGCCAAGAAUACUACCACGUACAGAGUCUCAUUCGAUCUUAUCAGGAAAGAGGGCAUAAGAUUGCACACUUGGACCCGCUGGGAAUUAAUUCAGCGGACUUGGAAGCAGAAAGUCCCAAAAGCCUGAUGCUGAGCUCCCACAACUUUGGUGAAAAAGACCUAGACAGGAAGUUUUAUCUACCAGAUGACAGUGUGACGUACAUAGGAGGGGAAGAAAAGUCAUUAACCUUGAGAGAGAUAAUCCGUAGACUUGAGAACAUCUAUUGUAAGCACAUUGGAAUCGAGUACACUCACAUCAACAAUGAGGAGCAGACUCGCUGGAUCCGAGAGAAGUUUGAGACCCCCAGGAUCAGGGAAUUUUCCAAGGAAGAGAAACACAUCACUCUGGCUCGUCUCGUCAGAUCACAAAGGUUUGAGGAGUUUUUAUCAACUAAGUGGACCUCAGAGAAGAGAUUCGGUUUGGAGGGAUGUGAGGUUCUGAUCCCUGGAAUGAAGACGGUCAUUGAUAGAUCGACCGAGUUUGGGGUGGAGAGCUUCAUCGUUGGAAUGCCUCACAGAGGGAGACUUAAUGUGCUGGCCAAUGUCUGCAGAAAACCAUUGGAGAACAUCUUCUGUCAGUUUGACUCCAAACUCAACGAGGAAGACGAAGGGUCAGGAGAUGUGAAGUACCAUCUGGGAAUGUCUCACCACCGAUUGAACCGAGUGACAAACAAAGAAAUCAAUGUAGCCGUGGUGGCCAAUCCGUCCCAUCUGGAGGCCUCGGGUCCAGUAGCUCAGGGCAAGACCAGGCACGAACAGGAGUGUGUAGGGGAUACAGAUGGAAAAAGGGUUAUGAGCAUUCUGUUGCAUGGAGAUGCUGCCUUCUCCGGACAAGGUGUGGUGUAUGAAACUCUCCACUUGAGUGACCUCCCGACCUUUACAACCCACGGAACCAUCCACAUUGUGGUCAACAACCAGAUUGGAUUUACCACUGACCCUAGAUUUUCGAGGUCCUCCCCAUACCCCACGGAUGUGGGGCGAGUGAUUAACGCCCCCAUCUUUCACGUGAAUGCAGACUACCCAGAGGAAGUAGUGUACGUGUGUAAGGUGGCCGCCGAGUGGAGAGCCACAUUUGGAAAAGAUGUGGUGGUGGAUCUGGUGUGCUAUAGGAGAAACGGUCACAAUGAGAAUGACAAUCCGUACGUGACCCAACCCAUCAUGUACAAAGCCAUAGAGAAACAAAAACCCGUGAUGGAGAAGUACGCAGCCGAGUUAAUCAGCUCGGGAGUAGUCACAACGGAUGAUUACAAGAAUGAAAUCGAGAAGUACGAUCAGAUCUGUAAGAAGGCGUACGACGACUCCAAGGGCAUCCUGGUCAACAAGAACAGUGAAUGGCUCGACUCACCCUGGGGCGAUUUUUUCGUCAACAAGGACCAGAUGAAGGUGGCUCCCACCGGCAUCUCAGAGGACAUAGUACAGAAACUGGGUGUACAGGCCAGCACAUACCCCAAGGAUCUGGAAAUUCAUAGCAGUUUGAAGCGAGUGUUGAAGACCCGUAUGAAGAUGAUUGAGGACAGGACUGUAGACUGGGCCCUGGGAGAGACCAUUGCCUACAUGUCCCUGCUGAUUGAUGGCUACCCGGUCAGACUCAGUGGACAGGAUGUAGAGAGAGGAACAUUCAGUCACCGACAUCAUGUGAUCCAUGAUCAGCUGAUCGACAAGAAGACCUACUGUCCACUCAAUAACUUGGACGGUCUGUUUGAGGGAAAGAAACCAGCUCCCUACACUGUGUGUAACAGCUCACUGUCAGAGUAUGCUGUGUUAGGAUUUGAAGUGGGCUUCAGCCAGGUAGACCCAAAUUGUCUGGUUCUGUGGGAGGCCCAAUUUGGGGACUUUGCUAACACUGCUCAACCAAUCAUUGAUCAGUUUAUCUCCUGUGGACAGGAUAAGUGGGUCAGGCAGCUCGGGCUGGUCCUUCUGCUCCCCCACGGAUAUGAGGGCAUGGGACCUGAACACUCCAGUGCCAGACUGGAGAGAUUCCUGCAGAUGUCAAACGACGACCCAAGCCAGGAACUGAUCCCACGCAAUCUUGAGAAAUUUGGGGAUGACUUUGCAAUGCAACAGCUUCAUGACAUCAACUGGUUUGUCUGCAACAUCUCCACACCAGCGAACUUCUUCCAUGCCAUCCGUCGACAGAUUCUGCUUCCCUUUAGAAGACCAUUGAUUAAUAUGAGCCCCAAGGCCAUUCUCCGUCUCCCAGAGGCUCGGUCAUCAUUUGAUGAAAUGAUUGGAGACACCGAGUUCCAAAGGAUUAUCCCAGAAACUGGAAUAGCCACGGAGAAACCCCAAGGAGUCCAAAAGCUGGUGUUCUGUACUGGAAAAGUGUACUAUGAGAUCGCCAAAACCAGGAAAGUAGCUGAGAAAGAACAUGAAGUAGCAGUUGUACGUGUUGAACAGAUUUCUCCGUUCCCAUAUGAUCUGGUCAGAGACGAGAUUGCUAAAUACCCCAACGCCAGUAUAUCCUGGGUGCAGGAGGAGCACAAGAACAUGGGUGCAUUCCAAUACGUGGAGCCUCGGCUACGUCACUUGCUGAUGUACAUGGGACGGAAUGAUAAAGUCAAGUACGAGGGACGUUUCCCAGCUGCCUCACCUGCAGCAGGUAACAAACAACUUCAUGAGCAGGAGCUGGAUGCCUUUAUGAGCAAUAUCUGCAACCCAGAUUUCUAUUAAAAUGGCAAACAUCAAAAUCAAGGAACUUUUCAAAGGUCUUCAGCGCAGACUUUGUGGACUAAGUACUGAAAUCAAUGCCGCAAACACCAAAUGCCACUGAAUGUGCCUAAAUUCUUUUGUUACGGUCUCAACUAUUGUUUCCCCCUCUUUAUUUAAAGGACUCGUGUAGACUGAUUUCCUUUUGUUAAUUUGUUUUGGAUUUUAUUUUGAUGAAUUAAAGAUUCCAGCAACUGCAUAAUUCUUUGGACAGAAUCUCUUUAAGAUAGAAGGCUUUGGGAUUGAACUUUUGCUGGUUUCUUAACUGUGAAUUUUAUGGGAAUAUUUCUUAUUUAAUUAACUCAAUCAGAUGUCUUGUCAUAGGUUUUUUUUUUCUUUGUAAUUGUGUGUGUGAUAUGCAAUUGGACACUUUCAAAAGAGAAAUUAUUUAUUUUUUACUGUUUCUUUCAAGCGUUAAAUUAUAUCGUUGAUUUGUUGCAAAUGUUAUGAAUUGAUUUCAUGAGUAUAGAUACACGUACAAGGAUUUUUUUUUUCUUGCGUUGGUGCAGAAGGAGACAGCUUUUUAUCAGACAUGCUUUUCUCAUCAUUGUUGUUUGAUGUACACUUUUCAGGGAUUGUUUUUUUUUUUCUGUAGAAGAGGUGUAACCUCCUUGAGUAGUGUUAGCACUAGACAGACAAAUUUCUCUCAUUCUAAGCUCACACACAACCCGAAAAUAUUUACAGCCUCUUUGUCAUGUGUCUGACAUUUUCUAGAUUUUGUUCUCAUCAAAACACUGGUACUUACAUGUAAUAAAAGAAAAAUUAUUUUGUACUUUGUUGGUUGUUCUGAAUUUUUAUUACAAUAUUUUGUUUUCAUUACAUGCACAGCAGUUUAAAAAUAUUUUUGCACCUACACAUUCUCCCAUUUAACCCUAAUUACUAGCAUCCUUCAAAUAACAGUAGAUUUUGAUUUCAUGUAGGUUGUCUAUCACUUAAUACGAAAAUGUGUUGUAGUUGGUGUUGUUUUUUUUUCAAAACUGAUUAGCCAAUCCAUUCUAAUACAAAAUUAUAAUGCUUUUACCAAAAAAUUGUAGCCAGCUAGUUUUAAAUAUUGUAAAGGUAUUACAUUUGGGUGUGUACUCUCUUUAAUAAAUAUUGCAGAAAAGCAGAUUAUGCUAUUUCAAGUUUCAGUACAUUGUUAAUUUCAAAAUACACAUUCAUAAGCAUGCAUAAUCAAAUAUGACUAAGAUGGGUUUUUUUUUUUAAAAUCAAUCUCAAGAUACUGUACUUAUGAAGUCUGAUACAUUCACAGAAAGAAAGAAAGUACCAGUAUGAUAAGGCAUUUUUUUUCUUCUGUGGUUACCCCUGGUAUAAUGCACAGGUACUGGAGUAAUGGUUUUGGUUAAUAAAAAGUUGCUUUCUUUUAUGAAGUAGAACAGUAAGAGUAAUCGGAGAUGAAGUAUUGAAGAAAAGACAAACUUGAUAUUCUAUGUUGUGGGUUCAUGACAUAAUAAUUCUACUUGUUGGGCGUUUGUUUAAAUUAUUGUAUAAAGAGUGUAAACAGGAUAAUGAGUUCCUUAUUUAUUUAAUGUUGAUGAACUGUAAGACAUGAAUGUCUCCACAUCUCCAUAUAUAUAAAGAAUAUUUAUAAUUUUGCAAAUAAUAAAAGAUCAUAAAGCUUUA